UUGCCCAAUAUUACCUGCAUGUCUUAAAAGAUCAUGAACAGCCUGCAAUGGUCCUUCGUACGGCCGAAGUGCAAGGCGAGCUGCAUAUUCAGCUGGUAUAGAGGUUGCACGUGUAACAUUAUAACACCAACGACUGUCGCACAUACUGAUUCCGAGGUAUGGAAUAAUGAGCAACCCAUUGAUCAGUUUUGGAUUGGUAGGUUCCUCAAAUACCCUCCUGCCCAACCCCAUGAAGUUCCCAAACCACAAGAAAAUGCUCCAAUAUUUUCGACGAAAGACGUGGAGGGAUCGUGGAUCCCGUAUGGAGGUGGACCGCGUCAAUGUCUCGGCAGGCACUUCGUCAAGCGCUAAAUAUGUUGACAACCGCUUUAAUCGGGAGCCUGUCUGACAUCUAAAUACUCAGAGAGGGGCUAAACGCGAAGGAGGACUUUUCACUUAACGGCUUCGGUGGUGGUAUGUCACAUUCAGCUGGAAAGGUACAAGUGAGGAUACGGCGUAGGCAAGCGGAAUGAGCUCGCAGCUAGGAGAAUCCUGUGGUUUCAAUCAUUGAAGUAAAAUACCCAACGGUGGUUCCAGAACUAUUGUAGACUGUUAAAUUCAAGAACUCGUUGCUGAAAAGAAUGUAGGAAAUGCAAAAUGGAGUUUCUCCUGAAUAUUGUGACUCGGGGAGAUCUCUAAUAAUAUAACAAGGGGUCUGUUUCAAGAAGCGAAGUCUGUAUAACCUCACUUUCCAAUAUUGCCU